ACCCCUCUGGUUCCUCUUCAUUUUUCCAAUGAGCAUCAGCGCUCGAGUCACCCGAAACAAAGUGACACCUCAUUUCUCCAGCAAGCUGCCAAGAUGGGGGAAGUAAAAACGCCCAGACAAUGGUUCUUGUGGAGCAUUGCACUUGUUUACGUGUGUGCUUUUGCAUCCAUCUACGUUCAAAUACCAGGUUUGUAUGGAGACGAGGGUAUUCUCCCUGUGCGCCUGCAGAUGCCAAAAGUGCAGCGCCCCCUGCUGGAGCAGGAGUCCCUUCUGGGUCUGGGGCCGUCUCUGGGUCUGGCACCCCAGCAGGUCCUGGAGCUCACAUGCCUAGUUGGAGUGGCGCUGGCCUUGUGCGCCGUACUCCUGGAGCCCCUGAGAGACAUGCUAAUCUUCUACUGCCUGCGGUUCCUCUACUUCUCACUCUACAAUGUAGGUGGAGACUUCCUCCGCUCUGAAUGGGACGAGCUGCUGUUGGAGGCUGGGCUUCUGGCUGUGCUUGUAGCUCCGCUGGGUUUGCUGAGGCGUCACUCCUCUUACCGUCAUCAUGACCCUGUGAGCUUCUGGUUGACCCGCUGGCUGUUCUUCCGGCUGACCUUCUGCACAGGUGUGAGCAAGCUGGCCAGCAGUGACCCUGCGUGGUAUGACCUGUCAGCACUGAGUCAUCAUUUGGAGAACCAGAUGAGCCCCACUCCUUUGGCCUGGUAUGGCCAUCAGCUUCCUGAUUGGCUGCUGAGAUUCGGAGCAGCGGUUGUGUUGCAGAGCGAGAUCAUCGUUCCUCUUGUGACGUUCUUUGCACCCAUUCGCCGUUUGAGACUGUUUGGCUUUUAUGUUCAGCUGUUUCUUCAACUCUGCUACAUCCUCACGGGUAACUGCAGCCUUAUGAACCUGCUGAGCAUCUCCCUGAGCUUCUCAUUACUGGACGAUGAUCAUUUCAACUCCAAUACUGGUCCAAAGAAGAAGAAGGGCCAGGAAAAAAAGCCUGGAGGCUGCGCACAGAUGGUCUCUUAUUUGAUGCUGCUGGUAGAGUUGGCUGUCUACCUGUUCAUCCUCUACUGUUUUAUUUCUCUCUUUAAACUGAAGAUUAACUGGGAAGAAAAAACUCUGUCAUCCGAAACAAAUUUCACUCCAAAGGCAUUUAAUGCGUUUCUGGAGGUUUUUCAGGAGCUCACUAUCUGGAUUGGUGUCCUGUCGUUCACCUGGGAAGCGGUGUCUGCCAUGCUAACUUGCGUGUGCACACGAGGUAUUGUCAGCAAGCUCUGGUCUCUCAUUCAGUGGGCGCUCAUCACGGCAGCUGCUGCGGCUGUCUUUGCCCUCAGUGUGGUUCCAUACACAUCCAUGGCUGGUAUGUCAGCCAGUAAAGUAUUACCUGCAGUGCGAGACGCGUACAGCACUGUAGAGAGGUUCCAGCUGGUCGGGUCAUACGGCAUCCAGCACAGAAUGACCUCUGCUAAGGGCAGGCCUGAGAUCAUUUUAGAGGGCAGCUAUGAUGGGCUGACCUGGACGGAAAUGAACCCUAUGUAUAAACCAGGAAAUGUGAAUGCAGUCCCACCCAUAGUAGGCCCUCACCAGCCCCGGCUGGAGUGGCUGAUGUGGCAGGCAGCUCAAGAGGGCGCUGAUACAAGACCAUGGUUUACAGGCCUCUUACAGCGCCUCCUACAGGGCAAACCAGAGGUGGUUGGUCUGCUUCAGGUGGAUGAAGCGCAGUACCCCUUCAGUAAGAAACCACCAGUCUUUAUCAAAGCCAAGCUUUAUAACUACCACUUCACAGAUCCUACCAAAGACAAGACCCAUCUCCAGGCUUGGUGGAGGCGGCAGUACAAAAGGGAGUUUUUUCCCAUAGUGAACCUCGAUGACCCGACGCUCACGAAACUCUUAGAGGAGGCUGGACUGAAGGAGAAAUUCCCAGCUCAGACCGGCUCUGACACACCUGUAUCCCAAGCUGUGAGCCUCAUACGAGAACACGUCAAAGGCCUCUCGGGGUCCCUCCUGCUUUCAACACUGUUAGCUACUUUAGUUGGCAUCUUCCUCAUCAAAGCCAUCUUCUCCUGGGUCUUAGGGGGCCGAAAACCUAGACCAGUUUCAGCUGAUCUCAAGACUAGGAAACCCAAAGAGCCCUCUGAGAUGGCCGAGAAAAGCCAAGCAGCAGCUCCGUCCAACCGGGGAGGCAAGAAGGACUCCAUUGAAAAUAAGGACUCGGACAAGAGCCCCCGAAAGAGAAAAUGAGCUCUUGCGGUCACUUUGUGCCUUUGUCUUUGGCCAUACACAAUGACAAAUGAUUCUCUCUCAGGUUUUUUUUUUUUUUCCUCUAAGAUCAAAUCUUUGAUUUCUGCCUGUCACACACCUCAGAUUUGUGUGUAACCACUACACCGUUUUAUCUCUGUGUCGAAACCACUCAGUCAAACGCACAGUACUUUAUGUAAUUGGCUUUGAAUGUUAACUGAGUCCAUUUUUAAGCUGUCACCUGCUACACCCUUCUUUAUACACCGUGGAUGUCCCAAAGAUUACAACGGAAGCACAAAUGAGUUUUUUUCAUGAUAUUUAACUCAUUAAAUGGUUGUUGAUAAA